AUGGGAGAAGAAGGAAGAAUGCAAAUUCAAUGCAAAGCCCUAACUUUUACAGUUUCUUCGAUUUCCUGUAACCCGAAGCUACAAUUCCGAUCUUCAAUCUCUGUACGGUCAUGGAAGCCUCCACUCCCGAGUUUCAGGAGCUCUGUUUCCGGAGCAAAGUCAGUGGCUUUUAACAAGUUUAUAAGAAAUUGCUCAAGUCCGAAUCAGGAGCUUGUUGUUGAGGGAGGAAGCGGAAAUGGGUCGAUUUCUCCGGCGACGGAGGAAGUGAUUGAGCUUGCAGGAGGAGAUACAAACGACGGUUCGAUUGCUCCGGUUGAAUUGGAAGUAGAAGAAGUGACGAAAGAAGGCGACUUGGCGAAUCAAAGCAUUUUGGGACAGAUGAAAGAGAUCGUGAUGUUUACGGGACCUGCGGCUGGAUUGUGGCUAUGUGGGCCGUUGAUGAGUCUCAUUGACACGGCCGUAAUUGGUCAAGGAAGCUCUCUCGAACUCGCUGCUUUAGAUGCGGUUGCUUUCUUCCCUUUGCUAUGUUCGAGGAACAGUAAUCCAAAUUUCAUAACGGAUGAAACAGGUCCUGCAACCGUCGUGUGCGAUUAUUUGUGUUAUACGUUCAUGUUCCUCUCUGUUGCGACUUCAAAUCUUGUUGCCACCUCUCUUGCUCGCCGGGAUAAGGAUGAAGUACAACAUCAGAUAUCGAUCUUGCUUUUCAUCGGGUUGGCUUGUGGAGUCAUGAUGUUGGUGUUUACAAGACUGUUUGGUUCCUGGGCACUAACUGGGGCAAAGAAUGCUGAGAUUGUCCCGGCCGCCAAUACAUAUGUCCAGGUUGUUGCAGCUUACAUGAUGAUGGACGCAUUGAACAAGAAAGGAUACAGCGCCUUCUCACUCUGUGUUCCUUCUCCAAGUGAACUCUUGACCAUCUUUGGGCUCGCUGCCCCAGUCUUUAUAACUAUGAUGUCAAAGGUUUUGUUCUAUACGCUCCUUGUGUACUUUGCUACAUCAAUGGGUACAAGCGUCAUAGCCGCUCAUCAGGCCAGAAUGCUUCUGAAGUCGCUUGUUAUCAUCGGCGCUACACUAGGAAUAGUAGUGGGAACCAUUGGCACAGCAAUUCCAUGGCUGUUCCCUGCCAUCUUCACACACGACAAGGUUGUCACAUCCCAGAUGCACACGGUCAUAAUACCAUAUUUUCUUGCUUUAUCCAUCACUCCAAGUACUCACAGCCUUGAAGGCACCUUACUGGCUGGAAGAGAUCUUAGAUAUAUCAGCUUGUCAAUGACUGGAUGCUUCGCCGUUGCAGGGCUUGUACUUAUGCUUCUGAGCAACGGAGGAUUCGGCUUGAGAGGCUGCUGGUACGCUCUCGUGGGAUUCCAAUGGUCUCGGUUUUCUCUAGCCCUUGUGCGUCUUCUAUCGCGGGACGGUGUGCUCUUCUCGGAAGAUACAAGCCGAUACGCAGUGGAGAAAGUGAAAGCUGCUUAG